AUGGGUCUUAUUAUAGCAAUCAAUGAUUCAAUUCAUCCAAAUCAACAAAGUGAAAUAUUUUAUUCAUCACGUCUUCAUAAACGUCUCUUGCCAUAUGUUUAUCCUUGUAUUAUAUGGUUCCAAUUUACCAGUGUUUGGAUAACUGUCGGUUUUGCUGUUGAUCGAUGGUUUGCUAUUAAAUGGCCAAUGUUACAUUAUACAUACAGUUCAAAACGAGCUUCUUAUAUUGCUGUUGCAAUUUAUUGUUUCGGUUUUAUAUAUUCAAUACCAAGAUUUUUUGAAUAUAAAACUGAAUUACAACGUGAAAAAUUAACUCUCAAUGGAAGUCUUACUGAAUAUGUUGAUCAUUUAGUUGUCGCAAAUAAAGUACUUCAAAAUCAUCUUUAUCAAUAUAUUGUUCAUCUUAUUCUCUAUAGUAUUUUUCAAAGUAUAUUACCAUUAUUAAUGUUAUCUUAUUUUAAUGUUGAACUUAUUCGAAGUAUUAAUGCUAGUUCUAAUUUUCUUAAACAUUUUACAUCAUUAUAUGUACAGAAUUCACGGAUAGAACGUGAAACAAAUAUAUCACGACAACGUGAAGGUGCAAUAACACGUUCUGUUAUAUGCUUAAUUGGAUUAUUUACAUUAUGUCAAGUUCCGGCAUCAAUUCUUCAUUAUCUUUAUAUGUUUUAUCGAAAUCAUCCAAUACUAUAUAUUUGUUAUGAUAUAUCAAAUUUUUUAAUUCUUGUUAAUAGUGCAGUGAAUUUUUUUAUUUUUACAUAUUUUAAUCGAAGAUUUCGUCGUGAAUUAAGUCGUGUCUGUUUUCAUAUGACAAAAUGUCGAAGUGCAAUUUUACGUACAUCAAGUCAUCCAUCAUUUCGACGAACAAAUUCAUCGAUUCGAAACAUACAACAACAUUCACAACAAGUUGAUAUAACACAAGCAAACUCUUGGGAGUCGCAACCACGAAAUAAUCGUCUUGUGCGACAAACAGAGAAUGGAGCAAAUCGUGAAAGUAUCAACCUUAUAAGAAAAAAAUCUUCUGAUGUAUCAAUACAAUCUCAAUAUCAUCUUCAUUCAUUUUCUGAUCGUUCAGGAUCACUAGUUAAUUUACAUACGAAUACUAAUCGAUUGAAAAGUUAUGAAAGUUUGUCUAUACAUGAUACUAAUUGUAUAAAACCCAAAAAUGUGUCAUGUCGAAAUGAUCAUCUAAACAUUCCAAUAACAUCGAAACAUUGCCGACAUUAUAGUGAAAAGUUAUCAAAUAAUCGUAAAAAACAUUCUUCAAUAACUCAUACAAAUACAUCAAAUCAUCGUGGACGACAUUUACAUUAUGUAACAUAUAGACAUGAACAAAAUAAACCAAAUUCUAUGUUUCCAUACGAUCCAAAAAGAAACUCAAUAACAACAACAACAACAACAACAACACAAAAUUGA